UGUGGUCAUACUUCGGCUUGGCGUAAAUAUUUCCACAUGAUUGGAUUUCUGAAACUCAAAACAUCCUAACGGAGAUAAAAAUAAAAAAAAAAGAUUCUUACCUUUUUUGUAAAUUAUGUCUAAAGGAAACAAUGACGGCUAUAAAGGGACAGCAACCGGUUUUUUACUGGACGAAAGUCUUAAAGAUGAUAAAAACAUGCAAGGAAUUUUGAAUAACUUUUCCAGCAGCAUUGAAACUUUGGAAAAUGAUCUGAAAAACGCACUUGAACUACAAUCAAAAGAAACAUUAACCAUAAAUGAGCAAAUUAAACUGGAAACAUAUUUAGCAUAUUUAACCAGCACAUUGUUUUGGAUAAACCUUAAAUUACAGGGUGCCGAUGUCUCAAAGCACGGUGUGAUGCACGACUUGGGCCGAGCUAAAGAAUUACUGGCCCGUGAUAAGGAAAUAAACGCUUCUCUUGCGGCUCCAAGAUUGGAUGUAAAAGCUGCCAGAAGAUUCAUCUCCGCCGGAACUCACACGCGGUUUGUGGACAUGGACGGCGUUAUGGUCACCGAAAAACAGUACAACAAAAGUCUGAACAAAACCAACUAAUAAAGCAAUCAUCCAAAAUUGAAAAGAAAUAGAAUAGCCAAUUUCCUCACACCGCCAUUAAACUAGAACAUACACAAACAACUCAUAAACAUUUAAAAAGAACACUUGUAAGGGAAGUGUAUCUUCUAAAAUUCGAUAUUUUAGGAAUAUCAUGAUUUUAUUUCAACGAAUUUAUACCAGACAGUCAAAAUAAAGCAUACUCCUCGCUUUGUAUGCCUUACGAUAUAUGUAA